CCUCUCAUCUCCCCUCCCCUAUCGUCGACUUGGCAGUAUGCAGAAACGUCAUCGCGUUAAUUUCCUGGGCAGAAGGAGGGGAGGGGGAUCCAACGGGGAUCCCAAUCGGGAUCAAUCGUGUUGCGUAGGUAGAGCAAGAUUAAAAGAUAACUUCAGGGUGGGGGGGGGGGCGUCCUCUUCUUCGAGCUUCCUUAUUUCAUAACUUUGAUUUCUUCAACUCGCGUGAGGACAUAAAAAAAAAAUUAUCCUCGAACUGGACGAGUCAUCGUUAGAAGUGUGAUAGAUGUUAAGCAAGAUUUACGAAGCACAUGCGCACGGAUUUCGUCCUCAGGAGCGACGUAAGGUAUCAGAGACAUGUUUACGAUGUCGUAAAGAAGAGUGAAAACAAAGUGAUUGGCAUAAUUGGCAUCGCGCGACAGAAUGGAGAUAAACAGUCGGCAUUCGUAAUCAACGCGCGAAUCAUUUUCCUUGGCAGCUAUGUGCCUCGACGCGAUUCUGUCGUCAUCGCGUUCGCCACGUUCUUGAACUUGCACAACUUGACUUGGUUACACGCGUACGACGUUUACGAUCAGUUGCGAUCUAUCAACGGAGAGAGGUACCAGCGCGUCGAACCGCGAGAAGACUCACGCGACUGUCUUUUCCCCGAUUGUUGUAACGCAAGCUGGCGUACGAGUGUGUCACAGUUUGUAGCCAGUUGGCUUCGUGGAAAGAAUUGAAACGAUUGAGGGGACAGCGAGAAGAAUGUCAACGGCUCGAAGAGGCGUUUAGAUUUUAUUUACUACGGUCCUCGCGCGUUAACUCGUGCACGAAGAUGAAGUUACUUACAAUCGUUUCCGCCCUUUUCCCUUGGUUAACGAUCGUCGACUGCAUGUCGACUGCGAGAUUUUGUGGUCCAGAGACGGGAGACGAUUUCCAACGCGCGCACGUCGGCCUGAUUAUCUCGCCCAUAAUGUCCAUUCGAAUGAUACGGGAGAUCGAGAUUUAUUGGAAUCACGCCAGGUAUCGACCGGGCGAUACGAUCGCUCUUUACACGGGCGAGCCCACAAACGGCCUCGAGCCAAUUUAUACCCUGAUACCAAACGCGCCGAGUGGCAUCAAGAGGACCGGACUGCAGGCCACGUUCGUUCCCACCUCGAAUCUCACGUUCCAUCAGCAGUGCUUACAGUAUCAUGUCGCUUGGCUGAGAAAUGGCACGGUAAGACUGACAAAUUGUCUGCAAACGCAGCCUCGCUGGAUGGAGGAGAGAAGAACCAUCUUAGGACCAUUGCCAUUGAGAAGGGUAUUCCUGCCUGGUACGCACGAUUCCGCGUCAUACGCGAUACAUGAACGAGCGAACUCCGAGAAUAUCGUCGAGAGAUACGUGAUAACGCAGGAUGUGGACGUACUCGCGCAACUGAUCUACGGGGUCCGAUAUCUCGACAUCAGAGUCGGACACUAUCCCAACACCAAUUCAGUAUGGUGGGCGAAUCACGGAGUGUUCAAGUCUGUUCCCAUGCAGACUGUCGUGAACCAAGUGAAGACUUUCCUCGACAACACAAACGAGAUCGUAAUUUUUGACGUCCAAGAAUUUCCAGUUGGUUUUGGAAAAAAUAUGGGGGUACAUCGUGAGUUCGUUGGAUUUCUAGAGGAACAAUUCGCUGGGUACUAUCUGCCGAGGUGGUACCCAGUAGGUGCGGAUCCGGUUUACGGAUGGAUCAGUACGAUGGAUAGGAUUUGGUCAACCGGGAAAAGACUUAUCAUCGGUUAUGAUCACAACGAAGUCAUCGGGGAUUACAGGAGCUUAUGGCCCUGCGUGAUACAUCAAUGGGGAAACGUCAGGACUAUUGAAGACUUGUUCAAUUAUCUGAAUCGCAUCGAAACGGAAAAUUUCGCCGGCUCGCUGCUUAAUAUAACACCAAGAUCGGCAAUGGCAGAAUUAACGCCCAAUACAUGGGACGUAAUCUUAAAUCGACUUGGAAGUAUCCGUCAAAUGGCGGACAAAGUUAAUAUCAAUGUUACAAAUUGGUAUAACAGCAAGUGGCAAAAUACUGCCAAUAUCGUUGCCGUCGACUUUGUCCGUUCGUCCGGCAUCAUCGAAACCGCGAUCGAAUGGAACGAAAGACGAAAUUCACAUUGUUGAAAACCCCUUCUCUAUAUUCUAUUCACGCGGGAAUUGAAGAAACGUACAAACUGAAGUUCACUAAAUGCACCAUUAAUCUAUAGGUCUGUUCUUGGUCGCUGCACUGCUCGCUAUACUGGUGCAAUAAGUUAGAAUGAGAAAAAAAUAUAUUUGUCGUAUUCUAACUUAUUGCAUCAGUGCAGCAGUGUAGUGACUGAGAACAGGCCUUGUAAUAUGCAAAACAAUUUUUAUACAAAAUAGUACUUAAUAAUUUAUUAUUUUGCUUCUAUAAUUUUAUCAACAGUUACGUGUUGUAUGAAUAUUAAUAAAUUUUAUACACAAGGUGAGCGAUGCAAUUAGACAAUGUCUAAUAAAAAAAAAUGUAAAUGUC